GCCACCCGCGUUGCUCUCGGAAUCAGAAAGACGGCGAAUCAGCAGCGCCGCCGUGGUUGGCUGCAAGUUCUAGCAAAAAGCCCUUGAAUGCAGAACGGAGAAAAAAACCGACCCCCGCAGGCCCCCGCGCUGUGGAAAAGCCCGCCUUUAUAAAAAAAGCCUGGCUUAUGCAAUAAUAUAUUAGAAUGGCAGCGGCCAAAGGCCGCGGCGCUGCCUCACUCUUGGGCAUUUCUCUGAAAAGCAUUGCGCCGCAAUGCGCCAUGACGUAAUGGGCGCCCCCCGGGCAACUCGUCCAGGCGAAUCAUUUGCACAGAAACUCUAUAUGGGGCGGCCGCUUAAUCUGGGCGUGCAGUGCUAGGAGUGCGGCCACGUCUGAGGGGCGGCCGCCGAACUUACGGGAGCGCUUGUCCUGUGGAGGGCCAGUCGCAUGCGGCGCUAGCUUCUCACUCCCGCGGUUGGCUAAGAGCCCGCCAAAGAGAGAGCAUCUAAGUAGCACGCAGCCCGGAGCACGUUGGCGCCACGCGUUCC